AUGAAGUUGGAUAUAGCAAAGACUUUCAGUCACCAUUCAGAUCGUGUCAAGGGUAUUGAUUUCCAUCCAACUGAACCAUGGAUCUUGACAACUUUGUACAAUGGAAAAGUCGAAAUCUGGUCAUAUGCCACAAAUGUUUUAGUCAAGUCUAUACAAGUCACUGAAUUACCUGUACGUACUGGUAAAUUCAUUGCCAGAAAGAAUUGGAUUGUAGUUGGAGCUGAUGAUUUUCAAAUUCGUGUUUACAAUUACAAUACUGGUGAAAAAGUGACGCAAUUUGAAGCACACCCGGAUUACAUUAGAUCAAUUGCUGUUCAUCCGACGAAACCAUAUAUUUUGAGUUCAAGUGAUGAUUUGACUAUUAAGUUGUGGAAUUGGGAUAAUAACUGGAAAUUGGAACAAGUGUUUGAAGGUCACCAACAUUAUGUUAUGAGUGUCAAUUUCAAUCCCAAGGAUCCAAACACUUUUGCUUCUGCUUGUUUGGACAGAACUGUAAAAAUCUGGUCAUUGGGGAGCUCGCAUCCAAAUUUCACAUUGAUUGCUCACGACACCAAGGGGGUUAACUUUGUUGAUUAUUAUCCACAAGCUGAUAAACCUUACUUGAUUACUGCAAGUGAUGAUAAAACUAUUAAAGUAUGGGAUUAUCAAACAAAAUCAUGUAUCGCUACAUUAGAAGGACAUUUGUCGAAUGUGUCGUUUGCAAUUUUCCAUCCCGAAUUGCCAGUAAUUGUAUCAGGAUCUGAGGAUGGUACAGUUAGAUUUUGGAACUCAAACACAUUUAAAUUGGAAAAAUCGAUAAACUACAGUUUGGAAAGAGCUUGGUGUGUUGGUGUACUACCAAAAUCAAAUGUUAUUGCCGUGGGAUUUGAUUCAGGAUUUGUUAUUGUUAAAUUGGGUAGUGAAGAACCAUUGUUUUCAUUGGAUUCAAACAAUAAACUAAUAUAUGCAAAAAAUUCAGAAGUUUUCCAGUCAGUCAUCAAGCCAAAUGCGACACAAGGGUUGAAGGAUGGAGAGUCAUUGAAUUUACAACAAAGAGAUUUGGGAACUAUUGAAAUAUUCCCUCAAUCGUUGGACCACUCCCCUAAUGGUAGAUAUGCUGCAGUUUGUGGUGAUGGAGAAUAUAUUGUUUACAGUGCUUUGGGAUGGAGAUCGAAAGCUUAUGGUAGUGCUCUUGACUUUGUUUGGAACACUCAUGACACAUCUGCUGCAUGCCCUUUUGCUAUCAGAGAAUCCACUGUCAGCGUUAAGGUUUACAAAAAUUUCCAAGAAUCCCUAAUUAUCGACUUGUUAUACCAAGCUGACAAGAUCUUUGCUGGCUAUUUGUUGGGUGUCAAGUCAGAAGGGUGUAUUUCUUUCUACGAUUGGGAGCAGGGGAAAUUAGUGAGAAGGGUUGACAUUGAUGAUGAUAUAACUGAUGUUGUAUGGUCUGACAAUGGUCAGUUAUUGGCAAUAGUUACUAGCUCGAGCACAGGUGAAAAAUCCACUGCAGUCACCGGUGCAAAGACCAAUGAUGAGACAUACUUUUUAAGUUAUGAUCAAGAAGUUUUUGAUCAGGCUGUCACUAAUGAUGAGUUAGAUCCAGAAGAAGGAGCUGAAGCUGCAUUUGACGUCUUAUACACAUUGCCAACUUCAGAAGCUAUUUUAUCUGGAAAGUUUAUUGGUGAUGUCUUUGUUUACACAACAGCAACUACAAACAGAUUGAAUUACUUCGUAGGUGGAGAAGUGAUCAAUUUGGGUCAUUUUGAUCGUAAGUUUUACAUUCUCGGAUACAAAGCUCAAGAUGGGAAACUUUACCUUAUUGAUAAGUCAUUUGACGUUAUAUCAUGGUACAUCAAUGCCGAAGUAUUAGAAUUACAAACUUUGGUAAUGAGAGGAGAUUUAGAGCAGUUUGCCACUAGCAAUGUCUUAGAUGAGGAAACAGGAGAAGAAACUCCUGAUUUGGCUACAGUCACCGUUGAGAAUCUUUCCGAAGAGUACAACUCACUCAUUUCCAAUUUUUCUAAAACAGAGCUCAACCAACUUUCACGUUUCUUUGAGAAAUUGGGAUACUUGUCUUUAUCGUAUGCAUUGUCACAAGAUUUCGAUUCUAAAUUCCAAAUUGCUUUAACUACAGGAAACUUGAAACAAGCUUAUGAGUUAUUAUCAAAACAGCAAAAGGAAAACCCAUCCCUUGCGUUGGUCAACAUACAGAAAUGGAAAAAACUCGGUGACUUAGCAUUGAACAAGUGGAACUUGAAAAUGGCUCAAGAGUCAUUUUGGUUAGCUAAUGAUUACUCCUCUUUGUUAUUGCUCUUAUCAUCAACAAACAACAAGGCACAAUUAAUCCAAUUAGCUGAGAAAUGCGAAGAACAGGGAAGAUACAACAUAUCAUGGCAAGCUUGGUGGCUUGUGGGUGACGUCAAUAAAUGUUUGGAUUUACUAAUCAAGAGUGGCAGAUACCCAGAAGCUAUAUUGUUUGGAAGAAACUAUGGUGUUGAUCACGAAAAAUUAUCAAAUUAUAUCAAGGAAUUCAAAGAUGUUUUAAAACUGAAAAAUAAAGACAAAAUUAGCGAACGUUUAAUUGACGAUUUUCAGAACCUAAGUAUCAAUAAUGGAGUUGCUUCUGAGAGUGCUGCUCCUUUGAUUAAUUUGGAAGAUGAAUCACAAGAAAAACAAGAAGAUGAUGUAGGUGAAAGAGAGACUGAAGAAAAAGAAGUUGAAGAGGUUCAAUUGGAAGAAGAGAAGGAUGAUGCCAAUGGUGGUGUUGAAGUCACAGAAAACGAUGAAUAA